ACAUAGUGUACUUCUGGUGUAACUUAACUGAAGUAAUAAUAAUUAAAUAUAAGUUUUUUAAAAUUAACAUUUAAUCACAGUUACGAGCCUUGAAUUGAUAGAACAUAAACACAACGAGCAGUCGAGAUAAAAAUAUAUCUAUCAGCAAUUUUUUGCUACUAUUUUUAAAAAAAUUAUACUAUUAUAAAAAAAUCGUAAUUUUGUUUAAUUGAUAUACAGACGGUCAAUAAGAAAAUGAAAAAACAUCAAUCUAAAGUAUUAGAUAAAAUAAAAAAUCCUGAUAUACCUGGCUUAGAACAAAUACUACCACCUCCACCUCCAAGAAUUUCUGUUAAUCCAUCAGAAAGUAUCUCAAAAGAGAGCCAUCAAUCUAAUCGAAAAAAAGAUUCUCAGGCUAAUCAAACAAUACCAUCCCCAUUUAAUACUAAUCAACCAUGGUGGAUACCAGCGGAAGCUGAUAAUACUGAAGUCUAUACACAGUGGUAUGAAUCUGCAUAUAAAGCAGCAUUGCAAGCUGCUCAAGAGAAAGAUCCAGUCGGUAAACCAAAAGUUAAAUAUUUUAAGAGAAAAGUUGAAGUUAUCGAUGCUAAAGUUGAUGCAGAAAAAGUUGCUAAUGCUCAAAAAGAAUUGUCCGCAUUAAUGAAACCAUUAAAAUGUGAUUUAUGCAAUGCAGUAAUGAAUUCAACAGUACAAGCAAGACUACAUUAUCAAGGUAAACCACACCAGAAAAAAGUCUCUAUGUAUCUUAAUCAAAGUGCAAAGAAAAUGAAACUUGAAGAAACUCAAGUAUCAAGUACAACAGCGUCUAAUGACUGGACCACCUAUUGUGAAAUUUGCAAGAUUUGGUUUACUUCUCAAACAGAUGCAAGUCAGCAUUAUUCUGGUAAAAAGCAUUUGAAAGCUGCUUUUGGAGCACUUGACCAAAAAAUAGCAGCAAAGAAAGUUCAGUCAAAAAUUCCAGAGGAUCCAACUGGUCGUUUUGGAAUAGGUACAGCAUUUCAACCUCAAUCUGAAGUUCUGCCAGUAGUAUCUGAACCUUUGCCAGUACCGAUAGUCAUUCCACCUGUUCCUCAGUAUUGUCAAGUUCCAAUCCCCAUUCCAACCCCCCUUCGCUGUGAAAUUUGUGGAAUUUCUGCCAAUCGUCAGGAUCAAUUAGAUACUCACAAACGAGGAGCAAAACAUAUAAAAAUGAUGAAACAACUUGGUUUACCACUUACAGAUGAAGAAACAGGAUUAGCCUCUUCAAAUAAUAUAGAUUAUUCCAUUUAUAGAACACCAUCAGGACAGUAUUAUUGUGCACCUUGCAACAUGUCUUUGAACUCUGAAAUAACAUUUGGUCAACAUAUGGAGAGUAAGAAACAUAGGAAUAAAGUUAGUCCCAAAUCAGCUGAACAACCUGUAGCAAGUAAUAAGUCUAAGAAAAAAUAAAUUAUUCAACCAAUUUAAUUUUGAUUUACUCAAUAAGUCUUAAGUCAAAUUUAACGUCUGCUGAUUUAUUAUUUAAUAUUAACUAAAUUAUUUACUAUGUACGUACUCUGGAUCGUAUAUGUUUAUUUAAAAAAAUAUAUAU